AGAAUAUAUCUAGAUGAGAUCAUGUCUCGUGACUGGGAACGCAAUUUUACUAAUACCAUGAGAGAAACAGAAGAUAAUCUAAGCCGAAUGAGGAAUCGCCUUGAUCCAGCAAGGUACAAGCCCAUAGACAGCACUCUCAUAGAUUCUCCUCCAGAGCCAACAGAGCACUUAAGCAAUGGCGUUCCAAAGAUCAGGCUGAAAAACAACAACAAAGAGCGUCCAGUUUCGGCCAUAAUGACGAGUACCUCCCCAAGUUACGAGUUGUACCGACACAGUGCACCCUCUACUGGGCUGGUAGCACUUCUCUCAGAGAAAGUGGAGAGACAGAAUAAGGUGAUAGAGCAGCUUGCACACCAGGUCCAGGAUCUGGAGAGGGACAGGAGGAAGAAUGAGGUCAAGGUUCAUGACCUAGAGCACCAGGUCAACACCCUAACCACAAGACUGACUGAAAACAGGGGGCAACAUAAUCAGACGGAACAGCAGAUUGAAGGUUGGCAGAGAGAUGUAAGGAAUCGUUUAGAUGAACUCCAUGAGCGAGUCACAAGACAGAUGACAAACGGUGGAAGCAACGAUGCGUACAACAGUGAGGGCGCUCUUGCAAUGCUUGCCAGAGAUCUCCAUGAAGCGAAGCGAAUGCUGCAGGGAGAAUACAACGCCCUCCAUCAUGAGAUAGAGACACUGAGAACAAGACUGGUCAAGCAAGAGAUGGACGUUACCGGUCAGCUGAUGGAAGGGAAAGAGAUGGGCCGGAAAAUGGACAGGCUAGAUAGGAAGCUUGGAAAGGUACAGUCAGACCAACAGCUGGUGCUAUCCCAUCACCUUGGGUUAUCGUCAAGCUCUCAUCAACCCCCUUCCAGGCUCUACAGCGACCAGAAAGACAUCACAGAUCUUAAGAUGGAGAUGAGUAAGCUACUAGCUUCAUUCAGCAGGCUUGAAAGUGCUUCUCAAGUGUCCCGCUCCAGCAAUGGAUCAGCGCCCUCUACUGUCUCCGCCACCACUGUAUCUUCCAGCAUCAGUAGCAGACGACACAGGUCCUAUCCUUCCUCUGUGUCCUCAUCCAAGGGGCCGAUAGCUGCAUCGUCGCCAUGGCAACGAUCGGGACAUCAUCAUUACCAGGACAGAAAGAAGAAGAUGACAAGGGGGGCCAAAAUAGGGACCAAAAUAGGGAACAGCGACGGAAGUAGCACGAGCAUCGAUGACCUGAGCAGCUCUGAGAUCUCUCUGCCUCUCAGCAUCAGUCAUGGGGAGGAGGAGGAGGAUGAUGAGGAGAAGAGGAGACGGAGCAUGCAGGGUGGAGGAGGAAACCAGUUGGUGGUUGAUGAUGAUGAUGAAGACGAUGAGGAUGUCGAUGAUUUCCAAGAUGACCUCAGCCUUUACCUGUCUGACCUAGAUGUGAGUCACAAGGGUGAAGAGUUUGGAAGCACCAUCUCACUGGACUCUGGAAACCUUGACCUUGAUUUCAUGUGAGAGAGACAUUCAGAUGUGGAUUUGAACUUUGAACUUUGAACCUUGACUCUGCCGUGCUAAGUUUGCAAGAGAGACCUGUCUGACCUAGAUGUGAGUCACAAGGGCAAAGAGUUUGGAAGCACCAUCUCACUGGACUCUGGAAACCUUGACCUUGAUUUCAUGUGAGAGAGACAUUCGGAUGUGGAUUUGAACUUUGAACUUUGAACCUUGACUCUGCCGAGCUGAGUUUGCAAGAGAGACUUUAUCAGGAGUAGGAAGGCAUAAUGUAGCUGCUUAGUUUGAUAUGAAAUAUCCAACUGUUACAUAAAUGCUGUCAAUUCAGACUUGGGGGUCAUAAAAAUAUUGAGAAAAAUGAUUCAUUGUGAACUACUACGAGUAAUUAGUAUGCUGUUUUAAUCACAUGAAUAUUGUUGAAGGUGAUUUUAAAUUGAGCAGUUUCUAUAAAGCAAUAUCUCUCGCUGCACUAGGAUUAUUUUUCUGGUAAAUUCCGACUUUGGACGAGAGAGAACCUUGAGAUUUUUAGUUGUAAAAUGAAUAGUAAUAUUCUGUGUGAGCGAUGUGAAUAUUGUUGCAAAUUGCAAAUUCCUUCCAUACUGACAUCAUUUUACUGUGUCCUUCUUUCUUUUGGUUGAAGAAAAUGUUGUGAAUCAA